AUGGGGGGCGCACAUAGCGCCCCGCCCAGGCGCGGGGCCAUGGGCCCGCCGAGGGCGCCGUGCCGGCCCUGGCUGCUCUGCGGCGUCCUCGCGCUCCUGACGUGCGUCUUCGCCUUCCACGGCCUGCUGGCUGCUGGCCCGGGGGGCGCGGGGCUGCCGCCCGCGCUGUCUGGGAGGCUGUGCUGGGGCCGCCCCUGCGCGGGGGGCAAGGGCUGCGCAGGCGAGUCCGCUGCGAACGAUGGCCCGGGCGGCGGCGGCUCGGCCGCCGCCGCCCAGCCCGCCGCACUGCCGGCUGGCCCGGCCGCCGGCGAAGCUGGGCUGCCCGUCGGCGCUGGCGCGGCCGCUGGCGCCGAGGCCGGCAGUCCCGAGGCGGCGGCGCAGCCCGCGGGCCCCGGCGCGGCCGCUGGUGCCGCGGAGGGCCUCGCCGGCGCGAGCCAGGCGGAGGGCGAGGCCAAGGCCAGGGCGGACGCAGAGGCCGAGGCCAAAGCGGCUGCUGAGGCCAGCAAGGCUGACGCAGAGGCCAAGGCCAAGGUGGACGCAGGGGCUACAGCCAACACGGACACAGAUGCGACGACCAAGGCGGACGUGGAGUCCAAUGCCAAGGCGGACGCACAGGAACUCAAUUGGCCUCCGGACGUGCCGCAGGUGCCAGACGAGGACGUGGCGCUGUUCCGACAGAACUUCGGCAAGAUCCUUUCUUGGUGGCACACUCCCCUGCCGAAGCCGAGUGCCAAGUAA